AUGCCGAAAAAAAUUAUGGAUCAUAAUAUUUAUCAAUUACCUACGGAAAUUUAUAUUAGAAAAUCAGAAUCAACGUCGUUUCCAACAUCAACAUCAAAACCAGAUUCAGUAUAUUCAAAUACAACAGGACUUUAUAUAGGAAUAGCUGUUUUUGUUGUUGUUAUG